AUGGAUGACAAAAUAUGUAAAAAGUUCCAGGAUGUAAGGAACCCGCUUCCCGAUUAUUUGCACAGUAAUGGAAUCUAUAAAUUUAGUGAUGCUGAAAUUUUAAAUAAACAUUGUUAUGGUAAUACAUGUUAUAGUGAUUACGAUAGAUUAAAUGCUGGAUUUUUAUAUUUUUUUAAUGAAUUCUUUGGGAAUCUGAAUUCGUUUAAUGAUAAUCAAAAAAAAAACACCGAUAUUGUUGAUUACAUUAUUAUAUGGUUAAGUUAUAUGUUAAACCUAAAGAAAAAUGAAGAACCGGAUGUUAUAAAGAAUUUUUAUAAUAAUUACAUAAAUAGUAGUCAUAAGUAUAACAAUGGAACAAAUGAUGCUAGUGAUUAUGAGAUUUAUAAGGGUAUUAUAGAUAAAAAAAAUGAUUUGUUGUAUAUGGAUAGUAAUAAUGUAUCUAAAUUUUAUGAAGCAUUUAAAUCAUUAUGUGAAAUGUAUUCUGAAUUUGGUGGAAACAAGUCAAAUUGCAAAAAAUGUUCGGAAAAUGCUAAUCAAUUUGUUGAAAAAUAUAAAGAACUUAAUGGAGAUUCUAAUAAUAAUGAUAGAAGUCCAUAUAAAAAAAUAUUGUCUACACUAUCAAAUGAUUAUGAUAAUUUAAAAAAUGAAUGUAAAGAUGCUCAAGAUAGCAAAUUUCCAGCCCUUACAGAGAUAAAUACCCUACAAGAUGCUAUAGAAAGUGCUGGACAUACUACUGAACAAACUGGAGAAACUGUAAAAAAGUCUGAUGUUACAUCAUCAAGUUCAUCGAUAGUAAGCAAAUUAAUUCCAGUUGUGUCGAUAUUUGCUGCAAUAUCAAUUUUUUUAGGAAUUUCUUAUAAGUAUUCAUUAUUUGGAUUUCGGAAACGAUCUCAAAAACAUUUAAGAGAAAAGCUAAAAAAAUAA